CGGCGAAAACUUCUCCGCGGGCUGUGGCGCCGGGGCACCGGCCCCACAACGGCUGCGCGGCGAAGGGAACCGAGCUGAGACCGUCCCAGGCAAGUCUGUCGGGCAGCCCGCGGGCCGCGGACACGCCGCUGCCUACUCGCCGUCGCCCCAUUAGCUCUGGACUUUGACAGGCCCUGGCUUGCACGGCGUAGGAAGUCGCUUUGCUCUUUCCCUGACUUCUGGGUGCAUCCUCGGGCCUCGGUGCCAGGGAGGCGAAUCGUCGGGAGAGCCGCGCUCCGGAGCCGAUUCGGUGCCCAGCUGGGGUGCUAUGAGCAGAGGUCAGGAAUGCCUUAUGUGGAUCGGCAGAACCGGAUCUGUGGGUUCCUGGACAUCGAGGAGAAUGAGAGCAGCGGCAAGUUCCUGCGGAGGUACUUCAUUCUGGACACCCAAGCCAACUGCCUUCUCUGGUACAUGGACAACCCCCAGAACCUGGCAGUUGGGUCUGGCGCUGUCGGAUCUUUGCAGCUGACCUACAUCUCAAAGGUGAGCGUAGCAACCCCAAAGCAGAAACCGAAGACUCCAUUUUGCUUUGUUAUCAAUGCCUUGUCUCAGAGAUACUUCCUUCAAGCCAACGACCAGAAAGAUCUGAAGGACUGGGUUGAAGCCCUGAACCAAGCCAGCAAGAUCACAGUACCCAAAGUACCCUUGCCCCUGGCAACCGAAGUCCUCAAAAACUUAACAGCUCCCCAAGCACUGGAUAAGAAGCCUCAAGUGGCCUAUAAGACAGAGAUCAUCGGAGGAGUGGUGGUGCACACACCUAUCAACCAGAAUGGUGGGGACGGGCAGGAAGGGAGCGAGCCAGGCUCCCAUGCCAUCCUUCGGAGGUCUCAGAGCUACAUCCCCACGUCAGGCUGCCGUGCCUCCACCGGGCCACCCCUCAUCAAGUGCGGCUACUGUGUGAAACAGGGCAACGUGCGCAAGAGCUGGAAACGCCGCUUCUUCGUCCUCGACGACUUCACCAUCUGCUACUUCAAGGGUGAGCAGGACCGAGAGCCACUGCGUACCAUCUUCCUCAAGGAUGUCCUCAAGACCCAUGAGUGUCUGGUCAAGUCUGGCGAUCUCUUAAUGAGGGACAACCUGUUUGAAAUCAUCACGAGCUCCAGGACCUUCUAUGUGCAGGCGGAUAGUCCAGAAGACAUGCACAGCUGGAUUAAGGAGAUCGGGGCAGCUGCCCAGGCCCUCAAGUGCCACCCCAGGGAAUUAUCCUUUUCCAGAUCCAUUUCUUUGACACGACCUGGAAGUUCCAGCCUUUCGGGUGGCGUCAACUCCGUUUUGGGCAGACGGCCACCCGUGGAAGAAAAGAAAACCCUCUGCAAAGCUCCCUCGGUAGCCGCCUCCUGGCAGCCCUGGACACCUGUGCCCCAGGCCACGGAAAAGAUGCUGCCCACCGAAGAGACCCUGGGGGAUCCGUUGUUCUUGCCUCGACUGGGCAGCGGAGAGAGCAGCACCGCUGGGGCGUUGUCCGGCUCCCGGAUGAGGCACAGAUCGGAGCCCCAGCACCCCAAGGAGAAACCUUUCGUGUUCAACCUUGACGAUGAGAAUAUUCGGACCUCGGAUGUGUGAUGCAGCCUAGAGGGAGGGAGGACGGGAGGGAAGGAUGUCUGGAGAGAAGGCGGCUGUGUCUCAGCUUCCCUGCCUUGUUGGAGGGGUGACCAGAGGCCUGGGUGGCACCUGUAUUCCUGUGGAUGCUUCUGGGAAGGGCUCAUCUAACUGGCUUUUUUUUUUUUUUUUAUUUCACUCUUUGUAAUAUUGAUGCAGUGUAUUUAAGUUGGGAAAGGUCACUGGGCUGGACCUGUAGGCUCCUCACUGGAGAGCAGGGUGCCCUUUGUUGAACUCCUCCGAGGGUUGGGAGGCGGUUCCUUUCCAGAGGCCCAUGGGAGUUCAGGUGCACCUCUAAGCCAGUUUUUUUUUUUUUUUCUUUUGCCUUGUGCCAUGUUUUAGUUUAUCCAGUCCAGGCGGAGAACCAUAGGUUAGUUCCUCGGUGUUAGCCCAUUCCUGUAUAUGGAUUGAGGCUUGUGCAUUGGAGGGUGAUAGGCAGGGAGGCGAUGGGAGCCCCAAGCCUCAGCAUCGUCGGGAUGCACUGUGAGAGGUGCUGUGAAAAUUUGGGGGCUGGACAUCAGAUCCUGGGGAAGAGAUGGGGACCUCUUGGAGGGUGAGGGGAGUAACUUCAUCCCAGUGCGGCAGCCAGCUUCGGAAACUAUGUUCGUCUCCUCUAGAUGCCCUCUGUCUAAAAUGCUCUAAAUGUAUACUACAGACCUACCAACCCAGUUUCUGUGUCUGGUUCAGCAGUGUUAAAUGUUACUGAGAACCGAAUUUCCAUGACAUAGUGUUAUCAGGGACGGGUGGCAGGUUGGAGAACCUGUGAAGUGUGUGAUGGAUGGAUCUCGGUUUUGGGGUUUCACAUCAGCUUUAAAGCAGGUGCUUGGAAGGGGGCAUUACAGUUCAUGCAGCUAAGCUUCAUCAUUCACGUUUCCCAGGCAGCAGAAAAGUCCCAUUUUGGCAAAGAUCAGUUACCUUGAACCCAUGCCACAUGCUGCUUCUUGCAUUGACCAAGAUUGGCAUAAUGUCAAGUGCAGUGUUUUGUAGGCCCUGGCUGAUGUACUGUUUUUCUUUCUAUUAUUGGAGAGGCAAAAGGAGAGAGAGGAACAAGACAUUUACUUUCCAAAUGCCCACAACGACCAGAGCUGGGUGGCCCUGGUAGAAGUUGGGAGCUGUGAGUACCCAAGUGGGUAGCAGGGACUGGGCUGCUUGAGCCGUGACUGCUGCCACCCAGGGUGUGUUAGCACAAAGCUGGAAUCGGAAACACAGCCAGGACAUGAACGCAGCCGGGCACUCUUAACCCGUAGGUCAAAUGCCUGCUUUCUCUUUUAUUCCUUGUGUUGCUCUUUGGAUGAAUCCUGGUGUGCACGCAUGAUCAAACCCCGUGAUGUGACGAGGGUUCCCUGCACUUAACGGGAGCGAGGCAGAGGUAGUCCUGAGACAUCUGUGUGUUGAGUGAAGUAGGAACUGGGCGUAGAAUCACUGACUUAGAAGCCAUAAGUCUCUAGCUAGGGACAUUCCAGGUAGAAGAGCAGAGGAAAGUUGGGUUUCCUUUUAAGUGCAACACCUUUUGUUCUUCCAUUUUUUCCCAUGUCUCUGGGAGAAUCUGUCUAGCCGGCAUAGCUGAUGAGAUGCUAAUGCGAACUUCCUAGGAGCUCCCCAGUACACACCGAACACAGCCCAUUUCUGUAACUUUGAGCAGCUAGAUCAUUCAAUGUUAUGUUAGUGUUUAGAGGGAGGAGACUAAGAUAGAUAUUUUUCUCUAAGUAAAUCCCCUUUCUCCUGUGUCUCUAUCUGAUGCAUGGAAGAAUUGUUUGAUGAGAAGAAUCCCUGGUGCCUAAGGAGAAACAUUUGUGUCUCAGGAAGUGCAGUUUCCCUGUAGUCUGAGUCCCACUAAGAAACUGGUCCAGCCAUGUCCCUUACUAACAUAAAGUUUGAUCUUUUGGUCCUGGCCUAAAAGAAAGAAAUUCACCACUGCAUCUCUUUAGCUUUCUCUCCCCCCACUCUCUUCCUUUCUAUACACUUAAGUACUUUUUGUUCUCAUAUCCUGGCUUAGGAACGGCCCAGACUCGACAUCAUGUUCUGGGUAGGCUGACUUCCAGAGGCCAUUCUGAGUUCCUCAAAUUCCUUAUUUCUAACUUCACUGUAACAUUUUCCUAAAGAAACUUCUUCAGCUGCCCAAAGAAAAAGUACGUCACUUAACAUGGAACUAAUGGAGAAACGUAAAGAGCUUCAGAGAUGUCCUUAAACAUUCCCCAACUAAUGGCAAAGAUGUCACGUUUUCAUUGCGUAACUCUACCCAUGUCUGUCUUGUUGAAACUGUCUGCUAGAUUGCUAGUCUUAAAUACAGUGGCUGUUGUGAAGUGGCAGCAUUCCUAAUCAGUAAGAUCUAUUUUAAGAGUGUGUGUGAAACAUAUUUGCAGUCCAGAUUGUAUUGUCUUGAUAAAGGGAAAACAAGGACUCUCACUGUCAAAUACUUGGGAAGUUCAAGUUACAACAUUGUCAGUCUUCCAAUAUAAAAAGUACGAUGAGCUCUGCAGUCUCAUUUCCAAAUCUCAUUUCAAUUUUCAUUUCUCAUUUCAUGUCCCUCUUUCUUACCUGCUGGGUGAUUUCACACUAUGACCUUCUAAUUGUGAGCCAAAGACGGUGCACGCAUGACCAAAGCAUUUAGUGUUGAAAUGUCUAAAAUAGAACCAAAUAGGGGGAAAAAAAUAGAGUGAGGGUGCAGGAUAAGCUGUGGGCAAUAGGCUUUGGAAUAAGUGAAUUGUAGAAAGAAGGUAACUGUUUUGUUUGUGGGUUGAAAGCCUUCUCUGAGUUGGGCUGGCCCUUAGAAGGCUUUUGAUGUGAUCUUGACCUUGUUUGCAACAGUAUUUCAGACGCUAUGCUCACCCCUCCACUGUUCCUGCAAGCUCUGAAGGGCUUGCUUGCUCUUGGCCAGUGGCUUGGUGAAAACGGUUUGGCCCUUUGCGUUUUGUAAGCUAUCAUAAUAUACACAUAGGUGUAUAUUAGGUCCAAAUGAUGGACUUCCACGUUUGGUUUUGAGUUGAAUGCUGGGCUCCGGUGAGAAAGAAAGUAGAUUUAAGAUCUAGCUUCUUCGUUUACUUGAAGCAAACUUUUCCCCUCUCUUUUUUUGAACCUAAGCAUGCUCGGACACCAGCCCCAAAGUCCCUAUCAAUAAAGAGAAUUGGUAGUUUAGCAGAUUGGUUUUCGGGCGUCAACCAGUUCAACCAGCAUAUGGGGUAACAGCAUUUUGGAAAGUGAGUUUCCCACGUCAGCUUCAGGAGCUGUGAGCAUGACUGGCGUGGACGAGGUUCCUGCGUCUCUUCUAGAAGCAUCUCCCACCCUUGCUUUUCUGCCCCCAGGGUCCCCGUUUGUCUCUGUUCCUUCCUGCAGCAGUUAGUCAUUUCUGCUAAGCGGAGUGCAGACAGAGCGACACGUUUGGCAGCAGCACUCUGCACCCUUGUUCCCUCCAGUCCGGGAUGUGUGGCUGGACUGUGUUUUGAACUAGUUCUGUGUGUUUGAGCUGUGAAACGCACUCGGCUGUAAGCGCGGCUGGGCUGUGUGCAGACUGUGCCUGCUUCUCAUUUUAUGUGAUCUCUUCAUUGGUAUGUAACACAAGAAUAAUUUUCUAAAACUGUUUUGUUGCUUGUUUUGUAAUAAAACCAUGGGAAAUGA